AUGGCUUCACCUGAGGCUCCUUUAUGGAAGGAAGCUGUUAAUAGCGAAGUAGAAUCCAUUAUGCAGAACCAUACGUGGGAAUUGGUUGAUUUACCACCUGGUAACAAACCAAUUGGAUAUAAAUGGAUUUUUAAAAGAAAGCUAAAAGCCGAUGGUACUAUUGAUAAAUACAAGGCACGUUUAGUUGCUAAAGGGUAUCGGCAAAAGGAAGGGUUGGAUUAUUUCGACACUUAUUCUCCAGUAUCAAGAAUUACAUCUAUAAGGAUGUUAAUUGCUAUAGCUGCAAUACACAAUAUGGACAUACAUCAAAUGGAUGUAAAAACAGCUUUCUUGAAUGGGGAAUUAGAUGAAGAAAUAUACAUGGAACAACCAGAAGGUUUUGUGGUAAAAGGUCAAGAAACUAAAGUCUGUAAACUUUUUAAGUCUUUAUAUGGACUUAAACAAGCACCAAAACAAUGGCAUGAAAAGUUUGAUCAUACAAUGAUGUCACACGGAUUUAAGAUCAAUGAAUGUGACAAGUGUGUCUACAUAAAAAACAACAAGAAUUCUUGUGUUCUUGUAUGUUUAUAUGUUGAUGACAUGCUCAUAAUGGGAACGAGUAAGGAUGCGAUAAAUUCUACAAAGAAGAUGUUGAAUUCAAGUUUUGACAUGAAAGACUUAGGUCAAGCUGAUGUCAUAUUGGGAAUUCAAAUCAAAAGAAAUAAUGAUGGGCCAGACUUAGCUUAUUCAGUAAGCAGGCUUAGUAGAUACACAAGCAAUCCUGGACAUGAUCAUUGGGAAGCACUAAUAAAGGUGCUAAGAUAUUUGAAAUACACCCAAGACUAUGGAUUGCACUACACUAGAUAUCCACCAGUUCUAGAAGGCUAUAGUGAUGCAAAUUGGAUUUCUGACAGUACAGAAACCAAAUCAACUAGUGGAUAUGUAUUUACAUUAGGUGGAGCUGCAGUAUCUUGGAAAUCCUCUAAACAGACGUGUAUAGCACGCUCUACAAUGGAAUCAGAGUUUGUAGCCUUAGAUAAAGCUGCUGAAGAAGCAGAAUGGCUGAGAAACUUCCUAGAGGACAUUCCAAUGUGGCCUAAGCCUGUGACAGCAAUUUGUAUACAUUGUGAUAGUAUGGCAGCACAAGCAAGAGCCAAGAGUGGUGUAUACAAUGGAAAGUCAAGACAUAUCAGGCGUAGGCAUAAUACAAUUAGACAAUUGCUCUCAAAUGGAAUUAUAUCCAUUGACUAUGUGAAGUCAAAGGAAAAUAUUGCAGAUCCUUUGACAAAAGGCCUACCAAGAGAGCAAAUCAAAUUUACAUCGAGAGGAAUGGGAUUGAAGCCAAUCCAAUGA